AUGGCUGAGGCCAAUAUCAACCCCCUCGUUGAGCUCAUUGCUCAUGCGUUCUACUACUUCGACCAGUUGAGGCCUCAUCUCUCUCUUUACAGCCACUUACUGGUUUCUGCUAUGUUUCCACUCUGGAUUUCUGCACAUGCCUCUCUCUCAAGACCAUCCUCUGCUGCCAAGCCUCCAAAGAAGUCUGAUAAAGACCGUGAUGAUGAUGAAAACGACGAUGACGAUGACGAUGAAGAUGAGCAGGGUCCUGUCGAGAGAAUAGAGGGACUCCAGCCAUCUGAUGCUUUGAUGUUCCCUUUAACUGCGGGCAUCUCACUAUGUUCCUUGUACAUGGCCAUCAAAUGGCUCGAAGGUGCUGACAUUGUAAACAAGAUUCUCGGCUUCUACUUCUCGCAAGUGGGUGUGUUCUUUUCUCUAUCUUUUCUCAAGGACAUUAUGGUGGUAGCUCGCUCCUUGAUCUUCCCAAAAUACUAUCGCCAUGGAGGUGUAUUUUACCAGGUGGAUCAGUCCGAGCAUGUGUGCAGAGCCGCAAUUCCCGACAAAAUAAAUGGUGCUGAUCAUGUACGAUAUUCACCUCUUCCUGGAGUAUUUGGCACCUUUCCACUACCAGGAUUUGCACUGAAGCCACUGUGGGCUUUUCGAAAUGCUGUUUAUCAACGGCUAAAGCUGAAAUUCCACGUUCGUGGCUUGUUCAACCUCAAAUCCCCUGUGGGCCUCCUUGACCUUCUGAGUGGAAUCGUCGCCCUUGCCGCUGUGGGCUACUUUCAAUUUGUGGAAAAGCCGUGGUGGUUGACCAACUUCCUCGGCUUUGGUUUCUCCUAUGGUGCUCUGCAGCUUAUGUCCCCCACAACUUUUGGAACUGGAUCCCUGAUCUUAAUGUCAUUGUUCUUCUAUGAUAUUUACUUUGUUUUUUAUACUCCCGUGAUGGUCACUGUUGCCAAAAGUCUGGAUGUCCCCAUCAAGCUCAUGUUCCCCCGAACCGAGGCGGAUGGUAUGCAAUCCCAUGCUAUGCUAGGCCUGGGAGACAUUGUGAUCCCGGGUAUGAUGGUCUGUCUCGCAUUACGGUUCGAUCUAUUCCUUUACUAUCAGCGCAAGGGAGCUCAAAAGGCCCAGAUCGAAGGCCCGGAGCACGAGACAGCCAAACCUGAAUACCAGCAAGCAACUGGUUCGUGGGGUGAACGAUUCUGGGCACCGUCAGUAAAGACGGGAGAACCAGAAAUUAAGCCACCAUACCACGAUGCUCGAUCCUUCCCAAAGGUUUACUUCAAAGCCAGCCUUGUUGGCUACUUCUUUGGCAUGGUUGCCACCCUUUUGAUUAUGCAAUACUUCCAUCAUGCCCAGCCUGCUCUUCUCUACUUGGUUCCUGGUAUUCUGAUCUCGCUUUGGGGCACAGCCCUCUUCCGUGGUGAAGUCAGUCAGAUGUCAGACUUUUCCGAUGCCGAAGAAGAAGAGGAAGAGGAAGAGGAAGAAAAGGAAGAAAAACAAGAUUCCGCCAACGAUUUGUCAGAUCAAAAAACCGAAGCCGCCGACGGUGGAAUCAAGGGCUUUUUCACACGCAUUUUGUCUGGUGAUAUGACUGUCUUCGGGUCCAAGCCUGAGGACAAAAGGCAGAAGGAUGUCAAGAAAAAGACGGCCGAAAAGUCCGACGCUGAUAAAACCAAAUCCAAGGACGUCGAGGACGACUUGAGUUUGAUUUCAUUUUCUCUCUCUUUCUCAGGCAAGAGACUUUCUAAAGAGAAGUCUACCACUAACGAUGGGCAGCCGGUCAUGUUCCCCGGCCCUAUCGACGACGAUGAUGAACGCCCAUUGAAGAAACGCCGCGGGACUCCCAGAAAGCCGACUUAG